GCUUUCCGGCCGCCGCGCGGUGCCGACGUGUCGGACGGCUCCAGGCGGGCUGGUCAUGGCAGUGCGCGCCCGGUCCGCGCGGGUGCCUGCCGGCUCGGACCAAGUGCAGAAGGACCGGCCCUCGCAGGCCACGGCGCCCGCGCAGGCCGGCCGCAUGGCGGCGCUCCUGGGCUUCGAGUGGACGGACCUGUCCAGCUGGCAGAGGCUGGUGACCCUGCUCAAUCGACCGACGGAUCCGGCCAGCCUGGCGGUCUUCCGGGUUCUCUUUGCGUUCUUGAUGGUGCUGGACAUUCCCCAGGAACGGGGGCUCAGCUCACUGGAUCGCAAAUACCUGGAUGGACUGGACGUUUGCCGCUUCCCCUUGCUGGAUACCUUGCGCCCGCUGCCACUUGACUGGAUGUAUCUUGUCUAUACCAUCAUGUUUCUGGGGGCGCUGGGCAUGAUGCUCGGGCUGUGCUACCGGCUGAGUUGUGUGCUGUUCUUAUUGCCAUACUGGUAUGUGUUUCUCUUGGACAAGACGUCGUGGAACAACCAUUCUUACCUGUAUGGUUUGGUGGCCUUCCAGCUGACGUUCAUGGAUGCUCACCACUACUGGUCUGUGGACGGCCUUCUGAAUGCCCGUAAGAGGAAUGCCCACGUGCCCCUUUGGAACUAUACAGUGCUGCGUGGCCAGAUCUUCAUUGUGUACUUCAUUGCUGGUGUGAAGAAACUGGAUGCAGACUGGGUGGAAGGCUACUCCAUGGAGCACCUGUCUCGGCACUGGCUCUUCAAUCCUUUCAAAUUGGUGUUGUCUGAAGAGCUGACCAGCCUCCUGGUGGUGCACUGGUGUGGGCUGCUGCUGGACCUCUCUGCUGGUUUCCUGCUCUUCUUUGAUGCCUCAAGAUCCAUUGGCCUCUUCUUUGUGUCCUACUUCCACUGCAUGAAUUCCCAGCUCUUCAGCAUUGGUAUGUUCCCUUAUGUCAUGCUGGCUACCAGUCCUCUCUUCUGCUCCCCUGAGUGGCCUCGGAAGCUGAUAUCCCACUGCCCCAAARGGCUCCAGGAGCUGCUGCCUCUCAAGGCAGCCCCUCAGCCCAGUGCUUCCUGCAUCUCUAAGAGGAGCCGAGCCAAAGGAGCCCAGAAGCCAGGGCUGCGCCACCAGCUGGGAGCUGCCUUCACUCUGCUCUACCUCCUGGAGCAGCUCUUUCUACCCUAUUCCCAUUUCCUCACCCAGGGCUAUAACAACUGGACAAAUGGGCUGUAUGGCUACUCCUGGGACAUGAUGGUGCACUCCCGCUCCCACCAGCAUGUGAAGAUCACCUACCGUGAUGGCCUUACUGGCGAGCUGGGCUACCUCAACCCUGGGGUAUUCACACAGAGCCGGCGAUGGAAGGAUCACGCAGAUAUGCUGAAGCAGUAUGCCACUUGCCUGAGCCGCCUGCUUCCCAAGUACAAUGUCACUGAGCCCCAGAUCUACUUUGAUAUAUGGGUCUCCAUCAAUGACCGCUUCCAGCAGAGGCUUUUUGACCCUCGUGUGGACAUCGUGCAGGCCGACUGGUCCCCCUUCCAGCGCACAUCUUGGGUGCAGCCACUGUUGAUGGACCUGUCUCCUUGGAGAACCAAGCUGCAGGAAAUCAAGAGCAGCCUGGACAACCACACAGAGGUGGUCUUCAUUGCAGACUUCCCUGGGCUGCAUCUGGAGAAUUUUGUGAGUGAAGACCUGGGCAACACUAGCAUCCAGCUGCUGCAGGGGGAGGUGACUGUGGAGUUGGUGGCAGAAGAGAAGAACCAGACUCUUCGGGAGGGAGAAAAAAUGCAGCUGCCUGCUGGUGAGUACCAUAAGGUGCACACGACAUCACCUGGCCCUUCCUGUUACAUGUAYGUUUAUGUCAACACUACAGAGCUUGCACUGGAGCAAGACCUGGCUUAUCUACAAGAAUUAAAGGAAAAGGUGGAAAACGGAAGUGAAACGGGGCCUCUACCUCCAGAGCUGCAGCCUCUUUUGGAAGGGGAAGUGAAAGGGGGCCCUGAGCCAACACCUCUGGUUCAGACCUUUCUUAGACGCCAGCAAAGGCUCCARGAGAUCCAACGCCGGCGAAAUACCCCUUUCCACGAGCGACUCUUUCGCUUCUUGCUGAGAAAACUAUACAUCUUUCGUCGCAGCUUCUUGAUGACUCGAAUUUCACUUAGAAAUCUGCUAUUAGGCCGCCCUCCCCUGGAGCAGCUGGCCCAAGAGGUGACUUAUGCAAACUGGCGCCCUUUUGAAACAGAUGGUGAAUCAAGUCCUUCAAACAGGGAGUCUUCAAAUUCCAAUCCUCCUGAGACAAAUCCUGAUCCUAUGCACUCAGAGUUCUGAGGGCACCGGAUGUUUGAUGCAGAUAUGGGAGCAGCCAGUCACAGACACAGCAUCUAUGCAAUGGACAUUUGAGAACAUUUUUAGAUUUGUUUUACAUUACAUAACAGCUUGGAAUUAAUAAAGAUAUUUCAAUCCAAGAUUGAGGAGCCAUGA